AUGGAGUCUCAUGACCAGAGCCAGGGCGCGGGCGCGUCGCCUGGAGACUCCAAACAUCGUAGUGUGAGCCCAUCACCCCACUCGCAGCACUAUCUCGAUCCGACAGGACUUGGCCUCGACCCCUCCAUGACAUUCGCGAACCCUGCUUUCCAGAACCCGAAUCAUAAUGCGGGCAUGACCGGUACCGACGCGUACGGCUAUCCUUCAUAUCUCUCUGCUCCUCCACCAGCACAGAGCCUUGUUCCACCUGUCGAUCAACCCUUCCUUCCGAACAUCAACACUGGCAAUAUCCCCAGCUCGCAGUCCUUCGAAGCAAGCCUGGUCAAUCAGCUGGAUCACACUUCCGGCUUUCGCCCGCCAGAUGGAAACUACAAUCUUCUCAAUAACCCCUCCGACAUGGACUUCGCCGCCUACAACAAUCACAGUCCUAAUAGCGGCUCUGCGGAGUAUGACUCGUCUCUGUUAAUGGACCCCCACAUGAACCACCGGCCACAAUCGAUUCAUCAAGCAGUCAAUCCCGCCGAUCUGGUCAGCCCCAUCUCAAAUCCCUCCGCGUCGUCGCAAGAUCAACAGCAAUCAUCACCCGGUCCCAUGUCCCCUCCGGGAUCUACACCAGGUACUUUUUACACCCCUCAGCAUUCGCGACAUACCUCGUUAGAUCCGGCCACUGCCGCCUACCUGAGCGCGCAGUCCAAUCAAGACUGGCAGUCGGUUAUGAACCAUACCUCUUUCCAAGGUCAUCGUCGAGCACCAUCCGAAGUGUCAGAAGUGUCCUCAGCCAAUCACUCUCCAUAUUUAUCUCAACAUGAGUAUGAAGGCAUUGAGAAUAAUGCUUCUCCCUCAUUGGUACCGCAGAAUGACCCUGCUUUAUAUGACAAUGCGCUGGGUAUUGAGCAAUUCACACUGUCUGAGCAACAGCAACAACAGCAGGGAAUCAGUCCACUCCAUAGUCCGUAUAUUUCACCACAGCUCAUGCCGCAGCAGGGGGUGGAAAUGGUUCCACAUGUGCCGUAUCUGUCCCCCAAUCUCAAUAAUCAAUUUCCUUCUGCACCGUACGGCAUGCCUUCAGAUGACAUGAUGAAUGGCAUGAACGGCGGCUCUGAUAUUGGACAAGCAUCUCAGAUGGCACCACCAUCAAUCAAUGUGGAAUUCGCUCCCCCAUCACGAAACUCAAGCUUUGGCCCCUCCAAGCCAGCUGCCGACUUUGACUCUUUGAGCCCUCCAGCAAUGCGAUCUCGAGUGCGCAGUAAAUCCGACCCUUACGCGCACCCUGCCUCUCGUUCAAGAUCUCCGGCUGCCUCAGCAACCAGUCUAGAAGCUCAUGCGCCUACCUCGCCACGUUCGUUAUCACCUCACUCACGGAGCAAUCCUGGUUCGCGCGAUGCAUCUCCGUCACGAUCGAAUCGCCGCCUUUCAACUUCCUCAAUCGAAAGCCGCAAUUAUAUUUUGGAUCUGGCAGACCCCCAACGCCCGGGUGCAGUGUCUGGAGACUCUAAGCGCGUUCAGAAGCAUCCCGCUACGUUCCAAUGCACUCUCUGUCCAAAGCGAUUCACCCGUGCAUAUAACCUGCGCUCCCAUCUUCGAACGCACACAGAUGAGCGACCUUUCGUUUGUACCGUCUGCGGCAAGGCUUUUGCUCGACAACAUGAUCGAAAACGCCACGAAGGACUCCACUCAGGUGAAAAGAAGUUUGUUUGUCGGGGUGACCUCUCAAGGGGCGGUAACUGGGGCUGUGGUCGCCGAUUCGCGCGUGCAGAUGCUCUAGGACGUCAUUUCCGAUCCGAGGCUGGGCGAGUUUGUAUCAAGCCACUCCUUGAUGAAGAAUCCCUGGAGCGUGAAAGAGUCCUCUUGGAACAUCAGCAACAGCAACAACAACAGCAGCCAUCUGGUCAUCUACAGCCCGUUCCGCAGCCGCUGGUGAUGCCAGGUGUUCCCGGAAUGGAUGGACAGUCAGGUAACUUCGUCCUGCCAGCAGCAUUGCUAGCUCAGUACCCAGCUCUCCAAACUCUCCAGUGGGAUCAGAUACCUGCUGCGGGUGAUGACCCCAGUGACAUCGGUGGCCAUAGCAGCUACGAUGCCAGUUCCGGAGGCGAGUUUGGCUUCGAUGAGGAUGACUCGGGCAUCAGCAACGUAUCUGGCAUGAGCGGUGGCUAUGCCAAUAACCAACCUGGCAUGUACGGAGUUGAUCCUGGAUACCAGGAGCAAAAAUGGAGUGGAUAA